AUGUCGCGAAACAGUACUUCGAAAAGCUUCCAGAGAAACAGUACCAGCGAUGGAUCUCGACUUCCGUCACUGAGAGCCUCUACUUCGUCACGCGAGCGCCGCCAGAGUGGCUCCAAGCGCAAAACGGAGGACCCAGCGGCACUGCCCCUGGUCGCCCACCGACAGAGCUCCGUUUCCAUGACUCCGAUGCGGGGAGGCAGCGUUACUACUCCCAGCGAGCCCAGGUUUCCGGACGAAUCGACCCGUGCGCUACCAGCACUUGGUUCAUCAACUCCAAACUCCAAAAGUGACUCUCCGACAUACAAAGAGCCACCGCCUCCCCCCGGCCGUCGAAAGUCGAGCGUCUCCAAACUGCGCUCUCCAGCCAUCGAGGGGCCUGCUCCACCAGGCUCCAAGGCAGCCGCCACCUCCGCCAAGAUCGAACGGCGAGGAACCCUUGUCAAGAUUGGCCUGCCUCCACCAAGCAGAACCAAAUCCAAGAAAGACAAAAGGUCCGAGCUCAAAUCCAAGGUCGAACCCCUGCCGGAGAUCGUGCUGCCGCCGCCGACGCCCCCGUCGGCUAAUCAUCAGGUCGACAUGUCCCUGCCCGGCGAGAAAGAAAAGGUGCUCAAAGCCAUGGCCAAAAUCUCGGGCCCAAUUGUGCAGUAUCUGCCCGACGGCAUUCCAAAGUCGCUGCUGCGAUGGCGCUACGUCUUGUAUGUUGCUCUGAAGGUUCUGCAGUUCAAGACAUACGACCCCAGGACCGAUGCAGCGCCGACCUUUGAGGAGCUGAAUAUCAGCAACCGCAUCUACGACGACGAGGUCUCGAACGCCCAAGCCUGUCGAGACAUCACCGACAUCAUCGGGGCAUUCAGGGUCACACGGGUCCUCAGCACACCGCCGUCGAACCGGGAAGAGAGAGAAAUCGACUCGCUCGAUGCCAUCCUCGGCCGGUUCAAGGGCUUUGCUCGGUUCCCGCCAGCGACCCGCAUGAAGCUCUACAGCGUAGCCUCCAUCGUGAGCUAUCCAAGAGGCACUGUCCUGAUCCGGUCGGGCCUCAAUGCAACCACCUGGUACACCAUUCUCCUCGGCGAAUGUGCUCAGUUUGCCCCGCCUUCGUCGGUCGAAGAUGUCAGUACCGUCCGGAUCUUGCAAAAGUACGAGGUUGGGGCCUCCAUCGGCGAUUUCGUCAACACCGGGCCACGCGAGAUGCGCGGCGUCACAAUUUCGUGCUUGAUGCGGACCAUCCUCAUCAAGAUCGAAAAGGCCGACUACAUCACCGUCAGUCGGGACACAAAGUCGCUUGAGGCGUAUCAGCUCGAAUUCCUGGGGAGCGUCCCUGCCCUUUCCGAUCUGUCCAAGCAAAUGCUGAUGCAGCUUGGUGCACGCAGCGUCGUGCGGCGCUACCCCGGCGGAUCCUUGAUUCUCAAGGAGCACGAACCCAACGCCAAUAUCUACUUUGUCGUCCGCGGCGCAUGUCGUGGUCUGCAGCAGCUCACCUUCUUGAAGAAACCAGGUCCCAAGCCCGCGCUGUUCAACCAAACGUACAUGCUCGAAGCCUUCCACAACCAGCCCGUCGAUGCGGAGAAGGACGAGAUUGUGCGGGAGUUUGCCCUUGUCGCCGACAUAACCGUUGGUCAGUUCUUCCCGCCGCUGAUUCCUUCACAGGAGCUCAAGAAGCUCCGGAAGGCACGCAAACGAGAGGCUAGCUCGGCAAGGGCCACCCCCGAGGGACCCGAGGAAGGAAGCGCCCCGACAUCUGCCUGGGCCAUCCUCCAACAGUCCAUCAACUCGAUCAACUCCAGCCCCAUCUCGGUCAUGGCCAGCGAGGUUACCGAGUGCAUCAUCAUCACCCGACAGGACUUUUUGGAAGUAACGACGCCAGAGACGGUCCGCAAAAUGACCGAGCCCAAGGCAUCGCCGCUGGACCAACCAUUCGAGCUGAUCAUCGAAAAGUACAUGGUUGCCUUUGGAUGGAAGGAGAGCGUGCUCAUGUUCAGCAAGGAGCGCAUUCCGCCCUAUGUCAAGUGCAAGCGUCGGCGCCGGCGCAACGAAAAGCCCAAGAAGGCUGUCAUUGUCUACCGAGACGAGCAGGAGGCAAAGGAGCGCGAGUUGAUCGUCAAGCUCACUCGAUUGACCGAGGCCACUCCGCCGACUGAUAACGACGGGCCCCGUCUCUCGGAGCUCCUGGACUCACAGCCACACCCAAAGGCCGUCUCGGGGCAAGCAAGCUCUGGAAUGUAAAAGGGCGUCCAACUUCCUGGUGGCACUGGGCGCUUGCUCAUGAAGCAUUAGGCCGUGUGGAGAGCCACAUCUGCGCUCAGAGCCCCAGCCACGCGAUGCCCAACG